CACAACGGCCGAGGAAGGUUGACACAGGACCCAGUGGCCAUGGCAUAUGCAUACCUUUUCAAAUACAUCAUUAUCGGAGACACGGGUAAGCAGUUACUGGCAGCAAAUAUUGCUAACGACAGCUAGCUAGCAGCUAUCUUUUAUUUCCGCAGUGUUGGAGAGUCCAAUGUGACGUGGUAAAAGCAGAGACGCAAGAGGUGGGACGACAGACAGAUUUCUCGCUUUCUAACGUCGUUAAUAGCAUGUCAUUAACGUGAAAUAAUCCCCCCAAAAUUGCCACCUCACAUCGCAUGGUGUUGUGGUCAGCUAGCGUGUUAAUUUAGCAACUGUUGACAACAAGCCGAUUGCCUAUUGUCUUUCCGCUGUGCACUGAGGGUGGGGGUGCUAAGCUAACUAGCUAGCUUUGCUACCUAACGUUAGCUUGUUAGCUAAUCGGCUAACGUAGGUAAACUAGAUGUUUACAGCGACAUAAACAACAGCUAGUUUGACAGCCCCUCUACAACAGGGGUGCUUGCACUGACUAUGUCAGUCCCUUGGACACAGUCAAGCCAAGGUUUCGGGCUGUCUGUUUUUUUGCGAACUUGUAUUGCUAGCCACCACCAAGGCCACAAGCAUCAAGCUCCCUCUCUCGAAAUGGCGUUUUACAUACUUUUUUUUGUACGGUUGCAUACUACGGCAGCAUUCCAGUUUAACUGUCUAGGCGUUCAUACGCGUGUUGUUAACCUGACAUAAUGUACUUUUACACGGGUGUUAUCACUGUUAUGUUAAUGAAGUUAAGCAGUUUACUGUCAUUUGUUUACCUAGACGAUGCGGACCGAGUAUGUUAACCAAAUAAAUAUUAUGGAUGCUGUCAAAGCCAACCUAUAUUUUUGUCCCGAUAAUUUAUUGCAGGUUGCUUUAGAAACAGUCGACAGGAGGGACUUGUUUAUCAAAAACAGUAGAACUAUGUGCUUCAUCAUCUUAUUUGAUUAGAUCUGUGUUAUACAUCUAUUGCUCAACCCGGAUCCUUGUUGAAAUAGCCUAAUAGCAGCACCACAUUGUACCUAGCUAUGCAUUUUACCCAGGGCAAACGAGUGAUACUGAGAUAGGUAAUCUAUCUAUCGGACUACAGAUUGACAGUGUUUGAUGAUGCUGAGAAAUAAACAAAUGUACCUGGUUGGUAUCUCAAAUUCCACAGGGGCAGUGUUGCGAUGCUAAGACUUCAUCACGUUAGUUUAGUAAUGGAUCAAUAAGGCUUGUACAUUCAAAGGGUACAUGCUGCCUUUAAAAGUAACAAAUUACUGUGGUUUACUCUGUUUAAAAGUAUCAGUGAAGGGAAGUGUACCCUGCUUACAGGAAGGCCAAUAACAGAUUUAGCAGCACACGCCCCUCCAUUUCUCUGAGAUGAAAGGGCAGAAUUUUACUUGAACCAGACUAUUUGCUUACAGGACAGCAUGUCAUAUGAUGCUUGUUUCAAAACUGGAGGCAUCAUUACCAACCCAAAACUCAGUGGUCAGCAUUUGGGAGUACACAUCUCUGUGCAUUUUUUCCCAGGCUAUAUCCAGCAGAGUUUUCCCCCUUGUUUUAUUUGUGUAAUUAGUAGGGUCGGGAUGAUACCAGUAUCGCGAUACUCGUUAGUAUCAUGGCAAGGAAAGAAAACACAAAGGGAUUACACUUAUUUAAGAGAACCAGCCCUAAUGUUGGAAACAAACAUCAUUAUGUUGUUAUCCAGAGUCACAUUUUAUUUUCCAAACUAUAGCACACAAUAUUUUACAUACGGUAGGUUUUUAAAGGACCAAAGAGUUUGGUCUGCUUUGUGUUUUCAUUUUUGCCAUGGCACAUUUUUUGCGAUACCGGUAUCGUCACAGCCAUAGUUGCAACACCACAGACCUGUCAUCCCCCUGGCUUCACUGGGGGCCAUCAUGUGACCCCCUGCAACCCAAGCUGUUGAUCAUUCAGUGUUUUCGUAUUACUCACUCACAUUCUACAUGACUUUGCAGUUUCGGUAUGGCUAUCCCAGCUGUUUGAGCAGUUAGAUAUAGCCUACGCUGUGGUUGUUAACUUGGCUAGAUGAGGUGAUGGUUGAGAAACCCCUAUCCAAAAGGAUGUUUUUCUCAGCCUCCAUACCAUAAACCUAAGUUUUCACCUGGAUCAAAAUCCAGUUGUACAUCUCUUCCUGCCCAAUCAAAUGCAGUAUUUCAAUUAGUGAUGGGGGGGGUGUAAUUAGCCUACAGGUUGGUUAGGCUAAUCUUUGAUUUGGCAGCCCUGUCUAAUUGAUCCAGCGGUACUACUGUUGCUUUAACGAUAAUGACCUGACCACUAAAGAACCAGAUGCACUCUCUAUUCAGCGCUAGAGGCUGAUUGGCUAGCAGGUGCACGGUUAAAAUGGUGACAUAGCUUUGUUGUUUCGGUACAUCCUUCUCGUGAUGUCUUCUAUCACCCCGGCUCCCCUGCCUAGCAACAGUGGUGGUAACCCAUAGAAACGCUAAUGAUAGCCUUCUCUGGUGUGCUAAAGGUUUCACCUGUUUGCAUUAUAACCAUGCAGUGCGGCACACCUUUUCACAGGUCCCUCAACGGUAUGGCAGUGUGUUUCACUGUCACGUUUUAUGAUUUUCUUUCUCACACAGGCGCACAUCACACAUUAUAUUUAGGCCUGAGUCUACUUUAUUGAAAAUGCAAUAAAUUGAGUUAGCCGCAUUGGGCUAAUUAUUGCAUUCAUUAUGGUUAGUGCUACCUAGGAAUAUCUUUGUUUCAUCACACCAAACAACUUCAUGAGUCAUGACAUUUGUGGGUUGACAUUAUUGAUAAAAUGUCCAUCCCUGUCAUCAGUUUCAUCAUCAUGUUGACAGGGCCUCGAACACAGGUCCUCCUGAAGAAACAAGCUUGAGGAAGAAAUGGCUCUUCUUAACCACUGGUCUAGGAUCGGAUAACACUAUCCCACUCCCAAUCAGAACCAUUGAGGGGAUGAAACAAUAUCUGACCCUGAAUGUGUUUUAAAGCAUCCUCUACCUACUCCAGAAAUGCAUGACAACCAGAAUUCUACUUGUUUGACCAGCUACUUGCCAGAAGCCUCUUGCUUCAGCAGGACUGACUAUGAGCUUCUUUAACAUUGUGUGUGUGAGUGUAGUCAGAGGGCUGUAGGGCCUGAUACAGUCUGACAUUUUUCUCUCAUUAAAUUGACCUCCUUAUGUAAUUUGCUGUUCUCUGACACAUCAUAUCAAAGACUGACAUUCAACUUCUUUAAUGUGUGUGUGUGAGACCAGAUGCAUUGUUGGUUUUAUAAAGUGUGUGUAACUGGCUAAAUCAUGUUAGUCAUGCAGACAGAGUGCCUAUGUGUUCCUCUGUUUAACUGUGCAUGUUGUUUGUUUUGCAGGUGUGGGGAAAUCAUGCCUAUUAUUACAGUUCACAGACAAGCGGUUUCAGCCGGUGCACGACCUCACUAUCGGUAAGGCUCCUCUAUAUUCAUUAUAACGUUUUAAGGACGACUGUGAUUGAAAUGCAUCCUGCUUCUGCACUGCCUAGCUCCACUGGAGGGACCUCAGUUAAAUGGUCUCAGCGCUCCGCUCAGAUCCCCUCGUCCAGGGCUUGACAUUAACUUUUUUAGCCACUUGUCCUUUUUACUUUUAAGUUUGGGAAACCCUGGUCUAGGUGGUUAGGUUUAGUGGGUUAUGGUUAAUAAGGCUAGUGGUUAAAGUUAGUUUGGGGUUUAAGAUUAAGUCUCAUGAUUAGCACUAAGGUUUUUUCCUUACCGCAUGACCUGACCAGGUUACACUCUUACCAGAGUCAUUGAAGUUGACAUUUUAAAAUGCUAAGGUUAGGGUUUAGGGUAUGGACGUCCCAAGGAUUCUGUUUUCAUGCAAGUGAGUUGUAGACUGACUGUGUCCUGGUGGUGGGUGUGUCUUUCCCAGGUGUGGAGUUUGGGGCGCGGAUGAUCACUAUAGAUGGUAAACAGAUCAAGCUGCAGAUCUGGGACACGGUAAGAUACCUGCCCUGUUGCACAUGAACAGAUGUGAUUCUUUACGUGAACACAUGAUAUAGUUGACUCCUGAUACAUGGAGCAGUGUGGGACAGUUCUCAUCAGUUAAGUUAUCAACUACUGCAUGCAGUUCAAUCAUAAAGAAAUGUAGUCAAUGUACUGUUGAAGUGAUACAGGUUUAUUGUCCCAAUUAAACAGUUUAUACUUGGCCUAUCUCAAGUGCAGUUAUCAGGGGUUGACUGUAAUCAUGAAUUUCUCUGAAUAUUCUUUGGUACAUCUGUAUCUUACCAUCAGUGAUAAGAAGAUUUUUGAUGUAGCGUUCAUUACAUUCCUAACAUGUGAUGGCACCCGCUCACAGUAAUGUGUAAUUCACCCAAUAUAGCCCAGCAAACCCAGAUGAAAGUCUAAUAUGCCAUAUUUCCUUGAAAUUCGUAUUAAAUCUUGGAGUCAUUGGAAUCUUGUACACCUGAGCAAAAUCGGUUUUCUUUUGUUCAGCAUGUGUAUCACCAUGGACAUGUUGCUUGCCUUGUAAAGAGAAGAAUGACAGAGCCCUACACAACAGCAUUGUCAAUUCGCAUCUCACACUCUUCUCAAAUAGUCUCUCAGCUUUGUCCUUGUGAGAAGUUUUCUGUUUUGAAUAAUUUUUUGCUGCCGACUAACCGACCCUCAUUAACCAGUCAACAAACAGUUACGUUCUUUCCAAACUGUGACCAACAGAAAAUACAGUACUAUGCAUGCCUACAAGGAACGGACAUUUUUCAUUAAGAGCGUAAUGGAGACAUGCAACAAUAGCAAGCCUAUCGUCUUAGUCAAAAGGCUAUAUAGCCUAUUAUUGAACAUGUAACUCCUGUAAUGAAGCAGCUAAUAAAACGUCAUUUUCAAACAUUUGCCAAAAUGCAAUUUACAGGAAAACACUGUUCUAAACAGUACACAUAAUGCGAGUGGUUCCAUAAUGAAAAUCUCUGUUAGAAAGAGGGGGAAUCUAAUAACGACUAGGAUUGUGCCUUUGGCUUCUGGACAACGAAAGAAAGUUGAUGUAAAACCAAUAAAACAGGAGAGAAAUGCUGGUUUAAUGUCAUGAGGAAGUCAUCAUAAAAUAAUUGCCGCUACGUUUCUAUGGUUGGAUUUCGGCUAGGCUACUUUGAAGCAAGGUAAGACAUGCCUCAUUAUUUGAAGUAAAGUAAAACGUUCAGCUUUCAGACAAUUAUACUGCCUCAAGCUCACAUUGCAAAGAGGUGAGUGACGCGCUGAUAGCCUGCAUACCGUUGACUAUAGCCUAUGUACUCAAAUGGCGAAUGGGAAGCGCCCUUUAAUUACCAGUUGAGAUUGAGAAAUUAAAAAAGUAGCUAUUUUUAAUCGUGGCCAUCAAAGCAGUUUAACACGCAAUUGCAUUUUAGAACUGUUAUUAGUUGUGCAAUGACUGGGCUUACAAAAUCACGUUUCACUCCAGUACCAGCUUUUUGAGGAGCUACUCUAGUGCUGUCUGACAGGUGAUGGGUGAUACAGCUCAGUGUUCAACACUGUAGUGUCUUCCAAGGACCCUGGGUCUGAAAACCUCCCUCUGCAACUGGAUCCUGGACUUCCAGACGGACAGCCCCCAGAUGGUGUGGGUAGGCAACAACGCAUCCGCCACGCUGACCCUCAACACAGGGGCCUCUCAGGGGUGCGUGCUUAGUCCCCUCCUGUACUCACUGUUCACCCACAACUGCGUGGCCACGCACGACUCCAACACCAUCAUUAAGUUUGCUGACGACACGACGGUGGUAGGCCUGUUCACCGACGACGAUGAGACAGCCUAUAGGGAUAAGGCCAGAGACAACAACCUCUCCCUCAAUGUCAGCAAGGAGCUGAUCGUGGACUACAGGAAAAGGAGGGACGAGCACGCCCCCAUUCACAUCAACAGGGCUGUAGUGGAGCGGGUCGAGGUCUUCAAAUUCCUUGGUGUCCACAUCACUUAGUAUCUAUCAUGGUCCACACACACCAACACAGUCAUGAAGAGGGCACGACAAUGACUCUUCCCCCUCAGGAGCUGAAAAGAUUUGGUAUGGGCCCUCAGAUCCUCAAAAAGUUAUACAGCUGCACCAUUUGACUGGCUGCAUCACUGCUUGGUAUGGCAACUACUUGCCAUCUGACCGUAAGGUGCUGCAGAGGGUAGUGAGUAUGGCCCAGUACAUUUUACAUUUACAUUUGUCAUUUAGCUGACGCUCUUAUCCAGAGCGACUUACAGUUAGUGAAUACAUAGGUUUAUUUAUUUAUUUAUUUAUUAUAUAUAUAUAUUUUUUUUAUACUGGCCCCCCGUGGGAAUCGAACCCACAACCCUGGCGUUACAAACGCCAUGCUCUAUCAACUGAGCUACAUCCCUGCCGGCCAUUCCCUCCCCUACCCUGGACGACGCUGGGCCAAUUGUGCGCCGCCCAUGAGUCUGGAAACCAACAGGACCCUGAACAGCUUCUACCCCCAAGCCAUAAGACUGCUAAAUAGUUAGUCCGGGUAGCUAUUGGUUAACUAUUUAACUAUCUGAAUCGAUCCUUUUUGCACAAACUUUUUUUGACUCGUCACAUAUGUUGCUGCUACUGUUUAUUAUCUAUCCUGUUGCCUAGUCACGUUAUUCCUAGUUAUAUGUACAUACCUAUCUCAAUUACCUUGUACCCCUGCACAUCGACUCGGUAAUGGUACCCCGUGUAUACAGUCAAGUUAUUGUUACUUAUUGUGUUUUUUAAAUUACUUUUAUUAUUAAGUAUUACUUUUCUAUUAUUGUCUUUUCUUUCUCUGCAUUGUUGAGAGAGGCCAGUAAGUAAGCGUUUCACUGCUAGUCUACACCUGUUGUUUACGAAGCAUGUGACGAAUAAAAUUUGAUUUUGAUUUGAUAGGCUAUUCCACUCCUCAAACUAGGCUCUGUAUGCUGUGCGCGUGUGAUAAAUAACAUGCAUGACGACUAACUGGAUUAAUGCAAAUGAUCAUGAUAGCAUUCUGCCAGGUAGGCAUAGGCUACUUUGUAGUUAAUAUUUAAUUGAAAAUGUUUUUUGGGAAAGCCUUUCCAUAUCUACCAGAAUAAGUUUAUCAUUCGCAUUAUCGCUAACGGCUACAUAAAGUGUAGGCAUACGCGCGCACCGUACACACACAGAGGCAUUCCUGUGCUGUUUCAGAAAGUUGCAGGAAAAUACAAAUCACUGAUGCAGUUUGUUCAUGUCUUAUGAUUAACUUGGGCAAAUGUAUUAAUUUCUAAUACGUUCAAUACAUUUAGUUGAUUUCCUACUAAGUUAAAUAUAUUUUUGAAUGUUGUUGAAUUCCGUUGAAAAGUUUGGAUUCCAUGAUUCCGUCCACUUUCUACGCAACGUGGAUUUUAUAGUGCCCUGCUGACUGUGCUGACAAAAUAUGAACACUACAGGAGAUGAUCUUGGUGUUCAUGUAGUAUGUAUAUUGGCCUGUAGGGGGAGACACAGUUCUAUAAAUAAGAAUAUAAUCCCUCAGCAGUAAUUGUGAUGGAUGGUGCGAGUAGAGGCCCUAUAGGCCUUUUGGCCUUCAGACAGAGCCAGCUGCUGUGUGCUUACUAGGCCACAUGGCAACACAGGUGCAUUUUGGUUGAUGAAAAGGUAAGGCUGGAAUUCAGCAGAAAUGGAUGCCAAGAGGGAUAAGAAUGGCAACCUUUGAUUGGGCACUUUGGUAAUCUUGCUGGCAUUUUGAGAAGUGACAAUUUCACUUUUUUUAUAUUUUCAACACACCACUAUGAAUAUACCCUCUAUUAGAAUGAUAUGUGGUUUAGCUUACAUCCCCAGACCACCACAUGUCCACCCUGCCAAAAUCGAACACAGGGCGUGUGUACCGCCUGUGUAGCUGUAUCAGUGUGUGUUCCUGCAUGCGUGUGAGCACAGGAGGAGGAGACGGGAGGUACUGCCUGCCCUGGGAGUGAUGUAAUAGCCAAAAUCUGCAUUUCUGGCCUUCCUGUAACCUUUGAGCUCUGGCAGAUGGCAGGCAUAAAAGUGUCAUUCAUCAUUUAUUCACAAUGGCCUCCAUUAGCUCCAACGUUAGCAGCUGCCUCGGGGGGACAGUUCUCACUGACUGGGCCUUAUUGAAUUCAAAUGUGCAGCAGUGCUGGGCUGCCUGGCUCUCACUCACCUGCUGCCAGGCCAGAAUAGAGGUAGAACAGAGUAGAGUAGGCCAAGGUGCAACAGCCGCUAGCCGGGGAACAGGGAAGCCAUCUUAUAACCUGCUGACAAUGGCAUCUAUCGACAGGUCUGGUCUGCCUGCCUGCUGUAUAAACCCAACACUGAGUGUGGGGAGAGAACGGGGAGUUGUGAUUGGCCAGAGAGGUAGAAUGUUGUAUUGUGGGCUGUAGUGGAACACAGUGGGCCCCUUGUUUAUGAGGACUCAGAUAGUCAGUCGGGGAUGCAGAGAAAGAGAGGAGCCUUUUGUACACAGUGACAGGGGCUUGCCUGUGCUCUGCCUCUCUGCACAGGGAAAAUCAGGAUGCUUGGCUCCCUGGUUAGGAAUGUCUAUGGCGUUGGGAAUGUGUAUGGAUUAGGGAAAGGCGCUGGGAAGCCUGGACUGGAGGAGUGUAGUAGGCAUUAGGCAGGACAUGCAUGAGUAAAACAUUGCUAGGGCCAGAAGUUUUUCAGGACAUGGGCUCAGAAGAACCUCUGACCCUAGUAACACAGUACAUUAGACACCGUGUUGGUAUGAACAGCAUUUUGUCUAUGUCCCAACACACCCUUGAGCACUUGAAGUAAGACUCCUUUAAGAGUUGUUGCUUUAUUCAGCUUACUACUACUGUUUUGUAGUACUGCUGGCUCUUGUUUGUACCCUUUAUUUAUGGGUUACUAUGCUUCUGUGCUGAACAUUGUCUUUGCUUUAACCGAGCAUCCGUGUGUGUGUGUACUAUGUCUGUUUGUCUUUGGCACUAAUUGUGUGUGUGUGUGUUCAGGCCGGCCAAGAGUCCUUCCGCUCCAUCACCCGGUCCUACUACAGAGGGGCAGCCGGCGCCCUGCUAGUGUAUGACAUCACAAGGUCAGUCUGGCGGCCAUUUUCACCCCAGGCCUUAUCUAUGUAAAGACUUUGGCCACUGAGUCUACCCUAGGAUUUCGGACAUGACUGUUGCUCUUGACAAAUGUAAAAAAUACUAAUGAGUGUGUGUUUGUGUGUGUGUGUGUGUGUGUGUGUGUGUGUGUGUAUGUAUAUAUAGAUAGAUAGAUGAUAUAUAUGUAGAGGUCUGUAAUUUGUAUCAUAGGUACACUUCAACUGUGAGAGACGGAAUCUAAAACAAAAAUCCAGAAAAUCACAUUGUAUGAUUUUUAAGUAAUUAAUUUGCAUUUUAUUGCAUGACAUAAGUAUUUGAUCACCUACCAACCAGUAAGAAUUCCGGCUCUCACAGACCUGUUAGUUUUUCUUUAAGAAGCCCUCCUGUUCUCCACUCAUUACCUGUAUUAACUGCACCUGUUUGAACUUGUUACCUGUAUAAAAGACACCUGUCCACACACUCAAUCAAACAGACUCCAACCUCUCCACAAUGGCCAAGACCAGAGAGCUGUGUAAGGACAUCAGGGAUAAAAUUGUAGACCUGCACAAGGCUGGGAUGGGCUACAGGACAAUAGGCAAGCAGCUUGGUGAGAAGGCAACAACUGUUGGCGCAAUUAUUAGAAAAUGGAAGAAGUUCAAGAUGACGGUCAAUCACCCUCGGUCUGGGGCUCCAUGCAAGAUCUCACCUCGUGGGGCAUCAAUGAUCAUGAGGAAGGUGAGGGAUCAGCCCAGAACUACACGGCAGGACCUGGUCAAUGACCUGAAGAGAGCUGGGACCACAGUCUCAAAGAAAACCAUUAGUAACACACUACGCCGUCAUGGAUUAAAAUCCUGCAGCGCACGCAAGGUCCCCCUGCUCAAGCCAGCGCAUGUCCAGGCCCGUCUGAAGUUUGCCAAUGACCAUCUGGAUGAUCCAGAGGAGGAAUGGGAGAAGGUCAUGUGGUCUGAUGAGACAAAAAUAGAGCUUUUUGGUCUAAACUCCACUCGCCGUGUUUGGAGGAAGGAGAAGGAUGAGUACAACCCCAAGAACACCAUCCCAACCGUGAAGCAUGAAGGUGGAAAUAUCAUUCUUUGGGGAUGCUUUUCUGCAAAGGGGACAGGACGACUGCACCAUAUUGAGGGGAGGAUGGAUGGGGCCAUGUAUCGCGAGAUCUUGGCCAACAACCUCCUUCCUUCAGUAAGAGCAUUGAAGAUGGGUCGUGGCUGGGUCUUCCAGCAUGACAAUGACCCGAAACACACAGCCAGGGCAACUAAGGAGUGGCUCCGUAAGAAGCAUCUCAAGGUCCUGGAGUGGCCUAGCCAGUCUCCAGACAUGAACCCAAUAGAAAAUCUUUGGAGCUGAACGUCCGUAUUGCCCAGCGACAGCCCCGAAACCUGAAGGAUCUGGAGAAGGUCUGUAUGGAGGAGUGGGCCAAAAUCCCUGCUGCAGUGUGUGCAAACCUGGUCAAGACCUACAGGAAACGUAUGAUCUCUGUAAUUGCAAACCGGUUUCUGUACCAAAUAUUAAGUUAUGCUUUUCUGAUGUAUCAAAUACUUAUGUCAUGCAAUAAAAUGCAAAUUAAUUACUUAAAAAUCAUACAAUGUGAUUUUUUGGAUCACAGUUGAAGUGUACCUAUGAUACAAAUUACAGACCUCUACAUGCUUUGUACGUAGGAAAACCUGCAAAAUCGGCAGUGUAUCAAAUACUUGUUCUCCCCACUGUAUAUACACAUUCACACGUGUGUGUAUAUAUAUAUAUAUAUAUAUAUAUAUAUAUAUAUAUAUAUAUAUAUAUACAUACAUACAUACAUACAUACAUACAUACAUACAUACAUACAUACAUACAUACAUACAUACAUACAUACAUACAUACAUACAUACAUACAUACAGUGGGGGAAAAAAACUAUUUAGUCAGCCACCAAUUGUGUAUGUUCUCCCACUUAAAAAGAUGAGAGAGGCCUGUAAUUUUCAUCAUAGGUACAUGUCAACUAUGACAGACAAAUUGAGAUUUUUUUCUCUCCAGAAAAUCACAUUGUAGGAUUGUUAAUGAAUUUAUUUGCAAAUUAUGGUGGAAAAUAAGUAUUUGGUCACCUACAAACAAGCAUAAUGAUAAUCUCCCUCGAUCUGGGGCUCCACGCAAGAUCUCACCCCGUGGGGUCAAAAUGAUCACAAGAACGGUGAGCAAAAAUCCCAGAACCACACGGGGGGACCUAGUGAAUGACCUGAAGAGAGCUGGGACCAAAGUAACAAAGCCUACCAUCAGUUACACACUACGCCGCCAGGGACUCAAAUCCUGCAGUGCCAGACGUGUCCCCCUGCUUAAGCCAGUACAUGUCCAGGCCCGUCUGAAGUUUGCUAGAGUGCAUUUGGAUGAUCCAGAAGAGGAUUGGGAGAAUGUCAUAUGGUCAGAUGAAACCAAAAUAGAACUUUUUGGUAAAAACUCAACUCGUCGUGUUUGGAGGACAAAGAAUGCCGAGUUGCAUCCAAAGAACACCAUACCUACUGUGAAGCAUGGGGGUGGAAACAUCAUGCUUUGGCGCUGUUUUUCUGCAAAGGGACCAGGACGACUGAUCCAUGUAAAGGAAAGAAUGAAUGGGGCCAUGUAUCGUGAGAUUUUGAGUGAAAACCUCCUUCCAUCAGCAAGGGCAUUGAAGAUGAAACGUGGCUGGGUCUUUCAGCAUGACAAUGAUCCCAAACACACCGCCCGGGCAACGAAGGAGUGGCUUCGUGAGAAGCAUUUCAAGGUCCUGGAGUGGCCUAGCCAGUCUCCAGAUCUCAACCCCAUAGAAAAUAUUUGGAGGGAGUUGAAAGUCUGUGUUGCCCAGCGACAGCCCCAAAACAUUACUGCUCUAGAGGAGAUCUGCAUGGAGGAAUGGGCCAAAAUACCAGCAACCGUGUGUGAAAACCUUGUAAAGACUUACAGAAAACGUUUGACUUGUGUCAUUGCCAACAAAGGGUAUAUAACAAACUAUCAAGAAACUUUUGUUAUUGACCAAAUACUUAUUUUCCACCAUAAUUUGCAAAUAAAUUCAUAAAAAAUCCUACAAUGUGAUUUUCUGGAUUUUUUUUCUAAUUUUGUCUGUCAUAGUAGACGUGUACCUAUGAUGAAAAUUACAGGCCUCUCAUCUUUUUAAGUGGGAGAACUUGCACAAUUGGUGGCUGACUAAAUACUUUUUUCCCCCACUGUGUGUGUGUGUGUGUGUGUGUGUGUGUGUGUGUGUAUGUAUGUAUGUAUGUAUGUAUGUAUGUAUAUAUAUAUAUACAGUGGGGAGAACAAGUAUUUGAUACACUGCCAAUUUUGCAGGUUUUCCUACUUACAAAGCAUGUAGAGGUCUGUAAUUUUUAUCAUAGGUACACUUCAACUGCGAGAGACGGAAUCUAAAACAAAAAUCCAGAAAAUCACAUUGUAUGAUUUUUAAGUAAUUAAUUUGCAUUUUAUUGCAUGACAUAAGUAUUUGAUACAUCAGAAAAGCAGAACUUAAUAUUUGGUACAGAAACCUUUGUUUGCAAUUACAGAGAUCAUACGUUUCCUGUAGGUCUUGACCAGGUUUGCACACACUGCAGCAGGGAUUUUGGCCCACUCCUCCAUACAGAUCUUCUCCAGAUCCUUCAGGUUUCGGGGCUGUCGCUGGGCAAUACGGACUUUCAGCUCCCUCCAAAGAUGUUCUAUUGGGUUCAGGUCUGGAGACUGGCUAGGCCAUUCCAGGACCUUGAGAUGCUUCUUACGGAGCCACUCCUUAGUUGCCCUGGCUGUGUGUUUCGGGUCGUUGUCAUGCUGGAAGACCCAGCCACGACCCAUCUUCAAUGCUCUUACUGAGGGAAGGAGGUUGUUGGCCAAGAUCUCGCGAUACAUGGCCCCAUCCAUCCUCCCCUCAAUACGGUGCAGUCGUCCUGUCCCCUUUGCAGAAAAGCAUCCCCAAAGAAUGAUAUUUCCACCUCUAUGCUUCACGGUUGGGAUGGUGUUCUUGGGGUUGUACUCAUCCUUCUUCUUCCUCCAAACACGGCGAGUGGAGUUUAGACCAAAAAGCUCUAUUUUUGUCUCAUCAGACCACAUGACCUUCUCCCAUUCCUCCUCUGGAUCAUCCAGAUGGUCAUUGGCAAACUUCAGAUGGGCCUGGACAUGCGCUGGCUUGAGCAGGGGGACCUUGCGUGCGCUGGAGGAUUUUAAUCCAUGACAGCAUAGUGUGUUACUAAUGGUUUUCUUUGAGACUGUGGUCCCAGCUCUCUUCAGGUCAUUGACCAGGUCCUGCCGUGUAGUUCUGGGCUGAUCCCUCACCUUCCUCAUGAUCAUUGAUGCCCCACGAGGUGAGAUCUUGCAUGGAGCCCCAGACCGAGGGUGAUUGACCGUCAUCUUGAACUUCUUCCAUUUUUUAAAUAAUUGUGCCAACAGUUGUUGCCUUCUCACCAAGCUGCUUGCCUAUUGUCCUGAAGCCCAUCCCAGCCUUGUGCAGGUCUACAAUUUUAUCCCUGAUGUCCUUACACAGCUCUCUGGUCUUGGCCAUUGUGGAGAGGUUGGAGUCUGUUUGAUUGAGUGUGUGGACAGGUGUCUUUUAUACAGGUAACGAGUUCAAACAGGUGCAGUUAAUACAGGUAAUGAGUGGAGAACAGGAGGGCUUCUUAAAGAAAAACUAACAGGUCUGUGAGAGCCGAAAUUCUUACUGGUUGGUAGGUGAUCAAAUACUUAUGUCAUGCAAUAAAAUGCAAAUUAAUUACUUAAAAAUCAUACAUUGUGAUUUUCUGGAUUUUUGUACCUAUGAUAAAAAUUACAGACCUCUACAUGCUUUGUAAGUAGAAAACCUGCAAAAUCGGCAGUGUAUCAAAUACUUGUUCUCCCCACUGUGUGUGUGUGUGUGUGUGUGUAUAUAUAUAUAUACACACACACACACACACACACACACACAGUGAGGGGAAAAAAGUAUUUGAUCCCCUGCUGAUUUUGUACGUUUGCCCACUGACAAAGAAAUUAUCAGUCUAUAAUUUUAAUGGUAGGUUUAUUUGAACAGUGAGAGACAGAAUAACAAAAAAAUCCACUAAAACGUACGUCAAAAAUGUUAUAAAUUGAUUUGCAUUUUAAUGAGGGAAAUAAGUAUUUGACCCCUCUGCAAAACAUGACUUAGUACUUGGUGGCAAAAUCCUUGUUGGCAAUCAGAGGUCAGACGUUUCUUGUAGUUGGCCACCAGGUUUGCAAACAUCUCAGGAGGGAUUUUGUCCCACUCCUCUUUGCAGAUCUUCUCCAAGUCAUUAAGGUUUUGAGCCUGACGUUUGGCAACUCGAACCUUCAGCUCCCUCCACAUAUUUUCUAUGGGAUUAAGGUCUGGAGACUGGCUAGGCCACUCCAGGACCUUAAUGUGCUUAUUCUUGAGCCAGUCCUUUGUUGCCUUGGCCAUGUGUUUUGGGUCAUUGUCAUGCUGGAAUACCCAUCCAGGACCCAUUUUCAAUGACCUGGCUGAGGGAAGGAGGUUCUCACCCAAGAUUUGACGGUACAUGGCCCCGUCCAUCAUCCCUUUGAUGCGGUGAAGUUGUCCUGUCCCCUUAGCAGAAAAACACCCCCAAAGCAUAAUGUUUCCACCUCCAUGUUUGACGGUGGGGAUGGUGUUCUUGGGGUCAUAGGCAUCAUUCCUCCUCCUCCAAACACGGUGAGUUGAGUUGAUGCCAAAGAGCUCGAUUUUGGUCUCAUCUGACCACAACACUUUCGCCCAGUUCUCCUCUGAAUCAUUCAGAUGUUCAUUGGCAAACUUUAGACGGCCCUGUAUAUGUGCUUUCUUGAGCAGGGGGACCUUGCGUGCGCUGCAGGAUUUCAGUCCUUCAUGGCGUAGUGUGUUACCAAUUGUUUUCUUGGUGACUAUGGUCCCAGCUGCCUUGAGAUCAUUGACAAGAUCCUCCCAUGUAGUUCUGGGCUGAUUCCUCACCAUUCUCAUGAUCAUUGCAACUCCACGAGGUGAGAUCUUGCAUGGAGCCCCAGGCCGAGGGAGAUUGACAGUUAUUUUGUGUUUCUUCCAUUUGCGAAUAAUCGCACCAACUGUUGUCUCUUUCUCACCAAGCUGCUUGGCGAUGGUCUUGUAGCCCAUUCCAGCCUUGUGUAGGUCUACAAUCUUGUCCCUGACAUCCUUGGAGAGCUCUUUGGUCUUGGCCAUGGUGGAGAGUUUGGAAUCUGAUUGAUUGAUUGCUUCUGUGGACAGGUUUCUUUUAUACAGGUAACAAGCUGAGAUUAGGAGCACUCCCUUUAAGAGACACCUGGGAGCUACUUAUUUCCCUCAUUAAAAUGCAAAUCAAUUUAUAACAUUUUUUACAUGGAUUUUGUUGUUGUUAUUCUGUCUCUCAAUGUUCAAACAAACCUACCAUUAAAAUUAUAGACUGAUCAUUUAUUUGUCAGUGGGAAAACCUACAAAAUCAGCAGGGGAUCAAAUACCUUUUUCCCUCACUGUGUAUGUAUGUAUGUAUGUAUAUAUAUAUAUAUAUAUAUAUAUAUGUAUGUAUGUAUGUAAUUUCUUAUCCAGUUCAUUCAGUUUAACCAUAGUUAGAGCCACUGUGAUUGAUACAUUUUGGAUGUAAUUGAAUGAAAUGUCUCCCGCCCCAAUGUCCUUAUUUUGCUCAUGUAGGUUAACUGUUGUUACAAAAGGGACCUACAUUCACCUAAUUGAAUUACAUUUUUAUGCAUUAGUUUACUAGGAAAGAAAAAUGUAUUGUUCUUAUGUUCAGUGUUGCUCGACUGUUUCUGUUUUACAGAAGGGACACCUUCAACCACUUGACAACCUGGUUAGAGGACGCUCGCCAACAUUCCAACUCCAACAUGGUCAUCAUGCUCAUUGGGAACAAGAGGUCAGAUUAAUCUCCCUGUCACUCAUGGUUACCAAACAACCGAGUCGUGGUUGUCAUGGCUACUAAACAUGUUACUAAACAGGGGCUGCGCCUCAAAGGUCUGAAAUGGCAUCCUUUCCUCAUUUUCUCAUCUUCAUCCAUACUUAUCUGAAAGCGUGGGUUAUGUCAAAUCUGAAUGGUGGACGCUUUAUUGUGUUCUUUGCUUUCACCAGGUCGAUUUUAUAUAUUUCCAAAUGAAGGAAGGGGAAAAAGUGUGAGGAAGCCAUUUAUGACAAUUGAGAUUCACCCACCCAGUUCACAGCCCUGCUCCCUGUGUGUGCUCUUGUCUCCUCUAGUUAAUGAAAUAUCUCCUAACUGGCAAACAUGACCGAAUGAAUUUACAGAUUUGCUAUAAAACACAGCGACACACAAGACUAUACUAGCGUAACACAGGUCUAUGGUAAUAUGUGUGAAAUAUUGAAGGUGUGUGGCGUUGUCCCCAUAGUGACCUGGAGUCCAGGAGAGAGGUGAAGAAGGAGGAGGGAGAGGCCUUCGCCAGAGAGCACGGCCUCAUCUUCAUGGAGACCUCUGCCAAGACCGCAUCCAACGUAGAAGAGGUACCUCCUGCUCACACUGUGCUGUGUGUUUGCGUUUGUUUGUUUGUCAACAUCAUUUUCUCACACUGACACGUUCGCCUAUUAAUAUACCCCCCUCUCUUGCUCGCACAAACAAACACAUCUGUUCUUCAGUGCGUUGGGUAGCCAGGCUCUCUGAGGAUUUAAGGUUUAUAUAAACCCACUCUGCCUCCACUCAUCCCCCCAGUUGAAACCCCUGAUAUUAUUAAUUUGUCUCAUUAGUGUUCCCUGAAUCCUCCCGAUACCUCUCCUCUUCAAUCUCCAUCCGACCCCCUCUCCCUCACUGCGACGUGACAUGUAUAUCACCCACAUUCAUAACCUCCCCUCUUCUGCUCCCCUGUCCUAAGCGACAGCCGAAAGCCAAUCGGGCCUCAAAUUUUAGACGGCAUGGUGGGUGGACAUUCUUUAUAUUCCAUUGACCCCCUGUGGUACUACGGUAUGCACUAUAUGGAGAGCGAUGUGCUGUUCUGUGCUGAGGCUAAUGCUGGGUCCCUGUGUUAUGCCCUGGGCCUCCAUGGCCAGGUGGGGGAGCUCUGCCUCAGGCUGAGGGAAACCCAUCUGUUGCUGUUAAACAUUUUCAUGUGUGAAAUGGCAGGGAGCUUAGAGAGGGCACCAGACCAGGCCGGGGCUUCCUGAGCUAAACUGAGGUGGACAUUUGUUUCAGAUUCCAAAGCAGUCCUCACUCCGUGGUAAAAAGCUGAAUUACAGUCAGCAUUUACUGUAGAGGGGCGCCCUGCCCUAGUCUAGCUUUUGAGGUGUACAUAAGGUAAUGAUUAUAUAAGGCCUACAUGGAGUUGUAAAUUAAGGCUAAAACUAAGGCUCUGUUUAUACGUCUGCUUGCGUUGUUUGUACAGCGGAGCGCUGUAGAUUUAUUUUCUAUGGCAACAAGCCAGAAGCUAAUGCCACAUCAUCCUAAACUCCUGUAGAUCCCACUCUUUAGGGCUUAUUCAGUCAACGAGACCCAUAUAUAUAUAUAUAUAUAUAUAGUUUGAUUGGUCCAAGGCUUGAUAUCUUGCAGGCUUGGGGAUUUUAUAAUUUAUUACAACUGUCAUGUCUAGAUUUUGCUGUGUGGAUUUUAGCUCUGAUCCUAUACUAAUUAGGCUCUCUCUUUUUUCAGGCAUUCAUCAACACAGCGAAGGAGAUCUACGAGAAGAUCCAAGAGGGUGUCUUCGACAUCAACAAUGAGGUCAUUUGA